AGCCAGUGAUAACUGUUUGAAAUAGGACAGAUAUAACUACAGAUAUUGAUCAGUUUAAGUAUACGCCAACUAGCUUCGUGUUCUAAGUCGUUAUUACAAGUUCAAGGAGAGUCUCUGGAGUGACUCUGUUCCUCCGGCCGCACUGUGCCCUCGCUGCGGUCACGGUCAGAGUCGUUGCUACGUUGGAGGCGGAGUGUAGCCUGUUGUUGGGACGGAGGGUGGCAGACAGAGGACGUAGCUGUCAGAUGCUUGAAUAAGAGUUGAACGGAGGGACAUAACGUUAAUUCUUACAAUGGUAAUCGGUUCUUACUAAAACAGUUAAACAAGUGUAAUAAUUUAGGAGCCUUUCUAAAGUUGUGUUCAGCGUGGACGGCGCCGUUUGUACGGUCGUCGUGUAAACAGCGUUAGCAGUUUCCGGGGAGACGGUAGUUAAACAAAGAGGGACGACGAACUACUCUAGAUAAGUGCGGCCAAUAUUUUGUAAGGGUUGACUCAUUUGCUGGACGAUAGAACCGACAGGGCAAUUAAAUCUCCCGGAACUGAAGAGGACAUCGUAAGAAGACUACGGUCAAAACAGCAUGGUUACCACAAACGCAGCAGGUCUGAAUCCCAACGCUAAAGUGUGGCAGGAGAUGCCUGCCCACCAGUAUGACAUGCCAGAGGAUUCUCUUUGGCUGCAGACCUACCCUCCUCCCAUUGAGAUCACAGACGGUUACUCAGAUGUUCCCUCUACAGGAGAUAAAGGAAAUGGCAUUGAAUAUCCUGACAGCACUGCUGACUAUGCCCCUGUAUUCUCUGAGGGAACUGUGAAUGGCAUCGACAGCUCUGACUUAGGGUAUUUGGUCUUAGACUCACCUUGUGAAUCAGCUGUAGAUGGUGAUGUUUCCAACGAACAACCGAUGUCUGAGGAGACCCUAAGAGAAGCUUUGAAGAAACAGCUUGAGUUUUGUUUUUCUAGAGAGAACCUGUCUAAAGACCUGUACCUGCUAUCCCAGAUGGACAGUGAUCAGUUUGUUCCAGUUUGGACCAUUGCAUGCAUGGAGCACAUCAAAGCCCUUACCACUGACAUGGACCUCAUUCUGGAUGUACUGCGAGCUUCUCCGAUGGUGCAAGUUGAUGAAACUGGAGAGAAAGUUCGUCCAAACCACAGUCGCUGCAUCAUCAUUCUGAGAGAGGUGCCAGAGACUACGCCAACUGAGGAAGUGGAGGCUCUUUUUAAGAGUGAAAGCUGUCCGAAAGUGUUAAGUGCUGAGUUUGCACACAAUAGCAACUGGUACAUUACAUUUCAGUCAGAUAUGGAUGCACUCCAGGCUUACAGAUACCUAAGAGAAGAAGUGAAAGUCUUCCAGGGAAGACCAAUCAUGGCUCGCAUUAAAGCCAUUAAUACAUUCUUUGGUAAGAACAGCUUCUGCAAUGUGAACUCAAAUGUGUACAGUCAACAUGCCCAGCCACAGGCCCAGUAUGGUUCCCCGGUCUACGUGCAGCAGGUGUACAGUCCUCAGCAGCAGUACUCUGUUUAUCCUGUGGUGUCUCCCUCCUGGAACCCUCCAGUCAUGCAUUACUUUGAAACGCCACUGGCACCUUUUCCUAAUGGAUUCAUGAAUGGUUAUGGCAGUCCUGGGAACUACAAAGCAAACUCGAGCUCUGUCAACACCCAUCGACCCAUGAGCAAGAACCGAAACCACAUGAAGGGUCACCAUAGGCCUGCUGACAUACCCCGGCCGCCAGCUUUGGCUCCGGGUACCUUGAUGGAUGGCCUGUCUGGUUCCCUGAGUCCACAGUUCAUCUGGACACCAGGGACAUCCUCUGGCACCCCAUCAGAUCCAGCCUCUCUGCCUUCCUUCAGCAAAGACCCUUUCUUACUGGCUACCAUAUCCAGUGGAGAUCAGAGUGGGGGUGGACGUGGCAGGAGAGGUAUCCACAGAGGCAUGAGGCGGAAAAGAGAAGAUGAACAUACUACAAGGACUGUCCCUGUGUUGGAAGCCAAGAUACCACCUCCGAAGUUUGACCUGGCACCUUCCAAUUUUCCUCCAUUGCCGGGAUCUGUGCUCAGUGUGCGGGGAGAAGCCACACCAGAGAAGCGCCUCUCUGAUGUUGUACGUGGCCUAAAGGUUACCAACAAGGAAGUGAGCCAAGAGGUUGGGGAGACCCAACAUAAAACGGUUUCAGAAGAUUCUGUGACCUCGGCUGGUAAACCUACUUCUGUGCCACCAACACUCUCGAGAGUUUCUUCUUCAGUAAAGCAAGAAGAGGAUAAAGCAGAGGGAACGAUUUCCUCAUCUGUGUCUCAAGCAGCUCCAGAAAUUGCCCCUUCCACCUGCAGCCAGGUUGUUUCUCCACAGUCACCCUUUCCAUCUCUUCCAGAUCCAACACCAGAGCCAGAGCCAAGAAAGCUCAGCUAUGCAGAGGUGUGCCAGAGAUUGGCCAACGACCCGCCACCAGUACAGAUGUCAUCUCCCUCACUUCUUCCCUCUUCAGCCAGCCAGCCCCUCCAAGAGCUUAAGGUCAACAAGGUUGAAGAGCCUCGGCCCAGCUCCAGGCACACAGCAGAAAACCCAGAGAAAGCCGAAAACAGCCGCCCCCCUCGCCAACCGUUACGCCCCUUCAGUGGGGCAAAUGGCCAAGCCAGAGUCAGAGGUGCAGGGCUGAAGUUGCGGGAGCAUCAGAGAAGCCUGAAUUCUGGCAAGCAGUUCUCGCCACAGUGCGGAGCCAGAAAGAGUGGCAAGGAACAGAACAUUCCCCCAGCAUCGCCAAAAUGACUAAAGGAAUAAGGAACCCUUAAAAUAUGGACUAAAACAGAAGUAUAAACAUAUAUGUAAAUAUAUUUGUAAAUAGACAGAUAAAUAUAUUUCUUUUGACAGAAUGUGUCAAUUAGUCUCAACAUUAUUGCAGAUCUAAAAUUAUUUGGAAAGAAUAAAUAGAUAUUCCUUUUUGGAAAAUGCAUAUCUGCUGAAAGAGACUUUUAGGGUGAUGAAACAUACUUUCUUUAAAGUAAGAUUACCAUAACAUCAAAAGAUGCAUCCCUAAACAGGCUAAAUCUGUUGUGUGUUAGAGAGAGGGAGAGAAAGAGAGUACGUGUUUGACAGUGGAAGGAGGAGGUAUGAUGUAGCCUAACAUUAACAAGUUUUGUCAACCUCAAAUGACAGUAAAGCACAUUUGACUUAUCUUGGUGGUUGUUUGCAUGUGAUUCUUUAAGCUUUGUAGCAAAUUUGUUGUAUGUCAAAAUCAAGGAUAUCUGAUUAUGAAAUAGAUGUCAGAUCCACUGCAGGGUAGCGAAUGAUGCCAUGCGUCAUUAAGUAUAGAUAUUUGUGAACAAGAAUAUUUGACAGAAUUCUCUUUUGUUGUACAUUUUUCCUUUACAAAUGAUGCAAGUGACUACUUAGGCUCCAUGGAUUGAUGGUACACCAUGGUAAUGUAAUGAUUAUAAUCUAAUGUUUUUGCAGUAGUUGUCUGUGAUGCUGAUAUUGGAUCAAUACUACUAACAUUUUAAACAGGUCCUCUAGUAUUACUGGAAUAGAUUCUGUCAAUUUUUCAGGACAGAGUAAGAGAUUUAACUCCUGUGCAAAACAGUACAUGUAAAAC